AUGCUUGAAGGAGGGCGGCAGACCGUUAGUGACCGUAUUCAAAACUCGCCAAUUUUUAAGGCCAAAUUCAAAAAGUCUCAAAACAUGGACGAGGCCGAAAAUUUGAGCGAUCAGGAUCUUGAGGCGAUGGCGAACUUUCUCAGUGAGAAUUUGGAGGGCAAGAUUCGUUGCCAGGUUCGAAGUGAGGGUCCCAAGUGUGCAAACAUCUGCACCUACUCGAUCACUCUUCUCAUUGGAAUCGUGCUCGGUGCCGCUGGAAUUGUGAUUUAUUCAAUGUUCCAGAACUGUCUCCGUGAUACAUUUCAACCACCCCGCACUGAACCUGAUCUCGCUCGUCAUGCUCGAUCUCUUCGAUACGAAUGGGAUGAAGAAGAUUACGACUAUUCGAGUUUCAUGUCUUCCUCCUCCUCUUCGACUGAUUCUUUCGAGCAAGAUGAGUUCGAGAAUCAAUAUGUGCAAGAUGGAGUGCAGGAGAGCGAUGGAAGCGGCCAGGAGAGCGAUGCAAGCGAUCAGGGGAGCGGUGGAAGCGGCCAGGAGAGUGAUGGAAGCGGUCAGGAGAGCGAUGGAAGCGGUCAAGAAAGUGGAUCGGAUGGAAGUGGUCAAGAAAGCGGUCAAGAAAGUGCUAAAGAAAGUGAUGGGGAAGAAAAUGAUGAUUGGCGCAAAAUAAUCAUUCAAUUUCAAAAGAAGAGACUCGCCAUUGAGAGACACGAUCGCCGAAUGAUAAAACUUGAAUCUGAGAGAAACGACAAGUUGACCAAAUUCGUUCUACGCCAGAUGAUUGAUGUGCCGGAAAUUUUCAAAUCUUCCAAAUGGUGUGAAACUUAUUCGAAAACUAGUCAAGGCUCGACGACACGGGCAGACGAUUUCAAGAUUUUCAAGAGCAUCGGCAAGACUUUCAAGGAGCUCGACUCUCAAGCCGUCAAAGAUUUUGACGGCGUUCAACUCAGUGUCAAAUACGGGCACCUCAAAGCAACUUUGAGCGUUGCUCAACGAACCGACAACAGCCUUGCCCCUGCAAUUGAGUUAACAACUCCGACAAAAGGCUAUACUGUCCGAGACGAUGGAAUUACAGUUUCGCCACCAAAAAUGUUGAAAUUGGAAGAUACGCAGGAUCCUUAUUUCCAAGAGCUUCCAUCUCCGUCCCGAGGCGCUCCAUCGCCUGAUACGCCAGCGUUAAAGGCGCCAGUUCCAGAGGCGCCAGUUUCAACAGCGCCAACAACUCCAGCAGCGCCGCGUUCACCAACUCCCUACCCGUCGCGCUCCAAUUACGGCCGACCUCUCUCCGCUUUUGUUCGACGAUCUUUUGUUCCACCUCGUCCACUCAAUGCUUUCAUUCGCACUCGGGGUCAAGUUGAAACUGCCAUCAAAUAUGCGAAUCUGCUCAACGAGUUCCAUGCUCUUUACGGAUACAAAACAAAUUGA